AUGAUCGUUCCCGAUUUCAGAGCACUUCUAGACGACAUAGUCACCAAUUCAGAUCGUGGCAUGCACAUUUACGGCCAUGGCGAUACGAAAAAUGGCCAAUGGCUUAGUUAUGCCGAACUUCGAGCCGUCGCAAAGCAGACUGCAACCAAGAUCCGCCAAAUCGAUGGAUUCAAGCACCACGGCAUCAUACUGCUGCACCUUGAUAACCACUGGGAUAACAUCAUCUGGUUCUGGUCAACGGCCUAUGCAGGCUGCGUGCCGGCUAUGUCAACUCCAUUUCAUGGAAACGGUGUCACCCCUGGCCAAGCCCUUGAAGCAGUCAGAGAAGAUCGCCUUGCUCUUCUCAUGCUCACGUCGGGAAGUACGGGGAAUGCAAAAGCUGUAUGCCUUACGCAUAGCAAUCUUCUCGCUUCCAUGAGAGGCAAAUCCUUGCGCACGCAUACGCCGCCAAAUACGUGCUAUUUCAAUUUUAUUGGUCUGGACCACGUGACUGGAUUAAUUGACGUUCACCUUCGUGUUCUAUACUCGAAAGUCAGCCAGGUCCAUAUCCAAAAGGCCGAUUUGAUUUCCGAUCCUCUCGAGUUUGUUUAUUUGGCUAAUAAGCACCGUAUUAGCCUUACGCUCGCACCCAACUUCUUCCUAUCCAAGUUACGGCCAGCAAUGGACAACGCGGAAGCGCAGCUCAUCGAGAGCAAUCUUGAUUUGAGCUGUCUGACAUGUAUUCUUUCUGGCGGCGAAGCAAACGUCGUUGAGACUGCAGAUGCUUUGUCGCGACAUCUAAGCAAGUUCGGGGCCCCUCGUUGCUGCAUCAUCUCUGCCUUUGGCAUGACCGAGACUUGUGCAGGAGCAAUACUGAAUGUAGAGUAUCCGGAAUACGAUAUCCGUCGGGGUUAUGAGUUUGCAUCUGUGGGCAUGUGUUGUUCGGGCAUUGAGAUGCGGAUCAAUGUCUCGAAUACGGCCUCGAUGAAAGACUUCCACACCAAUGGCACUAACAUUGUAAAGAGUGGAAGUAGGAUACAUAAUGGAAAUCAUUCUGCAGAUACAGCUGUAGGUGAUCUUGAAGUGGGCGGCGAGGUAGUCUUCGAGCGCUACUACAACAACCCAGUCGCUACUACAGAGUCAUUUACAUCUGAUGGCUGGUUCAAGACCGGCGAUCAAGCAAUGGUCGAUAGCGAAGGCCAUUUGAACAUCGUCGGUCGAACCAAAGACACCAUGACCAUCAACAGUGUCAAGCGUUACCCCCAGCUUCACUGUCUGUUUUGCGCACACCGGUUACCAGGAGCUUCAACCGAAACAGCGUGCGUUGUAUACCUUCCAACCUACCAGCUCGACAACAAUGAUAAUGAUGUUAUUGCUGCCCGGAUGCGCGCGCUGGAUGGAAUUACAAAGAUAGUCGUUCUCCAAACAGGCUUCAAAUCCUACGUGCUACCCCUGAACGAGACGCUGCUCCAAAAGUCCACUCUGGGCAAGCUCUCACGAAGCAAAAAUCGCAACGCGCUGGCUGAAGGCAAAUAUGCCGCUUUGGAAGAAGAAAACAAAGCAAUAAUCAACGGCCAGUUUCCCGGCCCAUUGAUCGAAGCUGACUGGGGGGAUACGAUCAGCGUUACUGUGGCAAACAACAUCGACACUGAUACAGCCGAGGGGAUGACCCUUCAUUGGCACGGGCUACUUCAAAGAAAAACGCCGUGGAUGGACGGCGUCCCUGGAGUCUCUCAAUGUCCAAUUCCACCCGGCGGUGGCAAUUUCACAUAUACCUUUCAAGUCGACCAGUUUGUACAACGAACCCCCCAGCCUUUGUCAACGUUGACAACAACCUCAUCAAUGGCAAAGGGGCCUACGACUGCCAGUUCAGAUCGCGAACAAGGCACUGAUCUAGCCAAAUUCAACUUCACCUCCGGCAAGCUGCACCGACUGCGCCUCAUCAAUACCGGCAUGAAUGCCAACCAGAAGUUCAGCAUCGAUGGGCACGAAAUGACCAUCAUAGCCAAUGACUUUGUGCCUGUCGAGCCCUACAACAUGACCGUCGUGACUCUAGGCGUCGGCCAAUGCACCGAUGUCAUCGUCAAGGGAACCGGGCAACCCACGGAUCUGUACUGGAUGCGUUCAGACGUCGACAUGGACUGCUUGAACAUGACCGACACGUUCCCCAAUGCCACGGCCAUCAUCUACUAUGAGAAUGCAAAUCUGUCCGCCGUGCCAACUACAACACCGACCUCCUUUUGGUCGAGCAAUUCAUGCGCCACCGAUCCUCUUCAGAGCACCACCCCUUACUACCCGCAAACACUUUGUUGA